ACAAACCCCCCGCCUUUCGAAAGCACACAGGUGUAUGAGCCCCAAGCACUCGGCUAACUCUCCGACUCACAGCUGAAAGGGCCAGCGGGAGGAGAGCCACGGCCAUGGCCGAGCCGGCCGAGCCGAAAGCCGGUCAGCGGGCGCCGGUUCGCGUCGGGUUUUAUGACAUAGAGCGGACCCUGGGCAAAGGCAACUUCGCCGUGGUGAAACUAGCCAAGCACCGUAUCACCAAGUCCGAGGUGGCCAUAAAAAUCAUUGACAAGACCCAGCUAGAUGCUGCCAACUUGGAGAAGAUCUACAGGGAGGUGGAGAUUAUGAAGCUGCUGGACCAUCCUCACAUUAUCAAGCUUUACCAGGUCAUGGAGACCAAGAACAUGCUCUAUUUAGUCACAGAGUAUGCCAAAAAUGGGGAGAUCUUCGACUACCUGGCCAGCCGUGGGCGGCUGAGUGAGGCGGAUGCUCGCCGGAAGUUCUGGCAGAUUCUCUCAGCCGUGGAGUACUGCCACGAGCGCGGAAUCGUCCACCGAGAUCUGAAGGCCGAGAACCUGCUGCUGGAUGCACAUAUGAACAUCAAGAUUGCAGACUUCGGCUUUGGAAACUUCUUCCGCCCGGGGGAGCCUCUGACCACGUGGUGCGGCAGCCCUCCAUACGCCGCCCCGGAAGUGUUUGAGGGCCAACAGUAUGAAGGUCCACAGCUAGAUAUCUGGAGCAUGGGGGUGGUCUUGUAUGUGCUGGUGUGCGGAGCUCUGCCGUUCGAUGGGCCCAGCCUGCCUGUUCUGAGACAGAGGGUCCUCGAGGGGCGUUUCCGCAUCCCCUACUUUAUGACCGAGGACUGUGAGCACCUAAUCCGGAGGAUGCUGGUGCUGGACCCGGCCAAACGUUUGUCCCUGAGCCAGAUCCGUGAGCACCGCUGGAUGGUGCAGGAAAUGCCGUCUCAGAGGCCUGUACUGUAUCGGCAGGGUGUGGCUGCAGACAGCAAGGUGGGCUUAGGGGAGCAUAGCGAACAAGUGCUCCGCCUCAUGCACAGUCUGGGCAUCGACCAACACAAGACUAUAGAGUCUCUCCAGAACAAAAGCUACAACCAUUUUGCUGCUAUCUAUUACUUGCUGGUGGAAAGGCUGAAGGCCCACCGAAGCAGCUUCCCCGUAGAGCAGCGGCUCAACGCCACCCAGCGCCGCCCUAGCACCGUCGCUGAGCAGACAGUUGUCAAGGCUUCUGUCCCGACCCAGGUGGGUCUCACCCCUCAGUCUGCACGCCACCUGCGCUCACCGGUUCUCCUGCAGACCUCCACUGAGACAUUCAGUUUCCCACAAUGCCCUGCUUCCCCAGAACAGGCCCUCAUGGAAGAAGAGGUGGCUACUCCCAAGGUGGACGGCUGUCUGUUGGACCCUCUGCCCCCGGUCGUGGUCCGCAAGGCCAGUGGCUCAGUGCCAGGAAACGUCUUGGAGACGUCCAUUGACGAAGGAAUCGAGGCUGAGAAGGAUCAGACCACGCCUCCUGCUGCCUUCCAGACCACUCGCUUCAGCCAGCGCAGGCACACACUGUCUGAGGUCACCAACCAGCCGGGAGUUCUGCCCACCACAGGGAAGCUGCUUUCCAUGGGCCUGAACCCGUCUCUGGGCAGCAUGGACUCAGAAUAUGAUAUGGGCUCAACACACAGUGACCUUAGCCUACCUGAAGAGACCCCGACUCUUAGAAGCACGCUGGCUGCAACACCCGUCAGUCAAGGAGGCCCCUCCUUCAUUUCCAUCAAGCCUGCUAACCCAACCCUGCAGGCUCUUAGCUCAGAGGGGCGGGACACUCACAAUCAUUCACCAGUCAACUUCCGUGAAGGCCGCCGAGCAUCCGACACUUCACUCACACAAGGUCUGGUGGCUUUUCGGCAGCACCUCCAGAACCUGGCCAGGACCAAGGGCAUCCUGGAGCUGAACAAGGCCCAAAUGGUGCAAGGAUCAGGGGCUGGAGAUGCCAACUUCCAACCUAAACCCCUGGAGCUCUCAGAGCUCCUAGAGCCUCAGCACCAGGGAGAUGGACAUCAGUCUCAUAGCGGAAAGGACAUGGCCACGUUCUCUACAAAAAUGCAUCCUUAUCUGUUGUCCAGAAGACAGUCUCUGGAAACCCAGUACCUUGCUCAAAGGCUGCAGAGGGCCAGUCUGCUGGCCAGCGGUCCUGGCAGUGGGCAGAUGUUCUGUAAGGAGCCUUCACCUCGUACACUGGAGCAGCAACUGCAAGAACACAGGCUCCAGCAGAAGAGACUCCACCUCCAGAAGCAGUCACAGUUGCAGGCCUACUUCCACCAGAUGCAGCUGGCUGAGGACCAGUACCCACCAGCACAAGAGUGCUUGGACCCCCAGCACAGCACGCCACUUUCUAGUCCGCCAUUCUCCCGGACCCAGCCUCUCACUCCACUCCUAGAGCCUGGCAGCCCGGCAUUCCCUUAUAGCCCAGACCUACUCUUGCCCUCUGCCACCUCUCCCCCAGACUGCUUCACGUUCAGCCGUUCCGCAUACACCCCAUCCACCCCCACCGAACCCCUGUAUGCUUGGAGUCCAGCUCAGCCAUCCCCACUCCCCCCCACCCAAGGAGAGACCAAAGCGGCUCAGCCCGCUCCGGAGCAUUCCUACAUGGACUGUGAAAUGAUGGAGACGGUGGAGGCCCAGCAGGGUUGUGUGCUGGUGAACUGAAGCUCUAUUGCAGUGAUCACCAAUCCUCCUCCUCAUCAUGUACCAUCCUGCUAGGGUUGAUCUCCAACCCAAAAGACCAUAUGUAGCUGAUCAAAGCAUGCCAAACACAACUGCUGUGCAAUUGUCUACUAAAUGCUAUUGAGUACUGGUUUUUAAACAUACUAUACAUGAGGUAGGAGAGCGUUCGGUAGCACUAGUAUAAACAGGCUCCUCAUCAGGGCUCGCACACACGUUUGAGAUGGUCUGAGCAGGUACUAAUACAUCACGGUUUACUGAAAUACAACGUGAGGCGUUUUAAAUGAAUACAUUUUACAUUUCAUUACUCUGUCGUACACCACUCAGCCGCUUCUGCUGGGUUUUUUUUCUUCAAAUAAAGGUCUUGAAGGUUACACGACGAAACAUGCUUUUCUCAGCCACGAAAUAGGACGGCUUUCAGUGACAACAGCCGAAAAAUGCAUUUGACACAAAACGAUCUGGCAUGCAUAGGUGGAUUUUUGAGUACUGUGUUGAACACAAUGCAGAAAGGGAGGAGCAACUCAUGAUGGUAAAUAAAGCUGUUACUUACAAACAGGUUAGUGAGUAAAGCUUUACUCCUCUGCAGGAGGGUCUUUGCCAUCUCAAAGUACAAUUGAUAAAAGCCAAAAACACAUCAGCAAGUCCUUUAGGGCUGGAGUCAAACUCUGCAGGAUUGUACAUCUCCAAGAGCAAGAUUGGUGACCAUUCCUCUACUGGUUAGAAUGGGGGCACACUGGGGCUGGAUCUCAGGAUAACUCACAAGGAGGGGCCACUUGGGGUCAGAGAGCCCUCAGGGACAAACAAGAUGCCGUUGUUGUUAAUAAUGUCUAAUUGUAUUGACCCUGUACACCUUCCCCUUUUGGAUCCCAGGGUUUGGAUGAUUUUCGUCGUCAGUCGUUUGUAAGACCUGUAGUCUUUAAAAGAAUUAGCUCAACAAGCACAAAGGGAAUCAGAAAGCACAUCACAGUUACAGUAGAUUUUCUGCAUCAGUAUUAAAGCAAUAUGUUCUCUGUAAAAUGCCCUGUAAAUUUGAUAGGGUCCCUCUUUUUUUUUUUUUAAACCUUUUUUAUAUCCCUAUACUGUUGUCACUGAGUCAACUUUCAUUGUUGUCAUUUAUUUUAUCUGGAUUUGGAAAGAAAAGCUGUAAAUACUGAGACCUCUAUUAGAAAAGAGAGGAAAGGAGGUUUUAAACAUCCAAACGGUUCCACUAAGGUACUUUGAAAUGGAGGAAAAUGGUAAAAGUGGUAAAUGGUAAUGACCGAGAAUGAGCGCAGCGUAAAGCUACAGUAAAUGGUAGAUCUGACCAUACAGUUCCUUCUUAGACACAACUCUGUACGUUGUGGUUCUGCCAUUCUAGUUUCGGCUAUUUUAUAAAUGGACAAAGCGCUGACUUUACUGCUGCUCCUAGUGAGCAAUAAGGAGCUGUAAAAUGUACACAAUUGCACAAAGGCUGCUAGAUGAACUCUUCUAAAGAUUUCUCCAGGAACCUUUUCUAGUGUUAUAGUGACGUGCCUUUCUAUUCCUUUUCUUUUCUUUUCAAGAAUGUAUGUUUUAAUGGAAUCCUGCGAAAUUUCCUGUUGGGGAAUAGUGUUAAGUGACCUCUUUACGGAACCAAAGCCCCUCCGAGGUCCUCCUUCCAACUCCACUAUGUGGCUUUUAGGGGGAUCAGAUGAAGCUGUGUGACAUGGUUACAGUCCAACAAUAUUAUACGCCGUCCAGAAGUAUAAUAGCAAUAUCUGAAGCUACAGUAAUAGUCCUGGCGCCUAGAAUAGGUGUCGGUAGUGAAUGUGUUUACUUUGUCUGUGCCAUUUCAAGCCUUUUUAAGAAAAAGAAAUCAUCAGUUGUUAGAGUUUGUAGUCAAGCUUUUGUUGGCUAUACUUUGUUGGUAUUAAACCUGAGAGAUUGCAGUUAAA